GUUGGCCCGCGGGCAGCAGAAAAUACCAUGGGGUGCAUUAAGAGCAAGGAAGAUAAAAGUCCUACCAUGAAAUAUAGAACUGAGAAUACUCCGGAGACAAUUACCUCCCCUGCCAGCAAUUAUGGAUCUGAUUCAACCCAAGCUAAUCAGUCAGCUGCAGUAAAAGGACCAUCGGUUAAUUUUAAUAGCCAUUCCAUGACUCCUUUUGGUGGGUCAUCUGGUAUGACACCUUUCGGAGGAGCAUCUUCUUCAUUUUCUCCAGUGCCAUGUCCAUAUCCUAGUAGUCUAACAGGGGGUGUUACUGUUUUUGUGGCUUUGUACGAUUAUGAAGCAAGAACUAGAGAUGAUCUUUCAUUCAAGAAAGGGGAACGCUUUCAGAUAAUCAAUAAUACGGAAGGAGAUUGGUGGGAAGCAAGAUCUAUUGCAACAGGAAAGAGUGGCUACAUUCCUAGCAAUUAUGUGGCUCCUGCAGAUUCCAUACAAGCAGAAGAAUGGUAUUUUGGUAAAAUGGGCAGGAAAGAUGCAGAAAGAUUACUUUUAAAUCCUGGGAAUCAGCGUGGUAUCUUUUUAGUCAGAGAGAGUGAAACUACAAAAGGUGCUUAUUCCCUUUCUAUACGUGACUGGGAUGAGAUUAGAGGUGAUAAUGUGAAACACUAUAAAAUUAGAAAACUUGACAAUGGUGGAUAUUAUAUAACAACAAGAGCACAAUUUGAAUCUUUACAAAAGCUGGUCAAACACUAUACAGAUCAUGCUGAUGGCCUGUGUCAUAAAUUAACAACUGUGUGUCCAACUGUGAAACCUCAGACACAGGGUUUAGCAAAGGACGCCUGGGAAAUCCCUAGAGAAUCCUUGCGGCUAGAAGUUAAGUUGGGCCAAGGAUGCUUUGGUGAAGUUUGGAUGGGUACAUGGAACGGAACAACAAAAGUUGCAAUCAAAACUCUAAAACCUGGUACAAUGAUGCCAGAAGCUUUCUUACAAGAAGCUCAGAUCAUGAAGAAAUUAAGGCAUGAUAAACUUGUUCCACUUUAUGCUGUAGUGUCUGAGGAGCCUAUCUACAUUGUCACUGAAUUCAUGGCAAAAGGAAGCUUACUAGAUUUUCUCAAGGAAGGAGACGGGAAAUAUUUAAAGCUUCCCCAACUGGUGGAUAUGGCUGCCCAGAUUGCUGAUGGCAUGGCGUACAUUGAAAGAAUGAAUUACAUUCAUAGAGAUCUUCGAGCAGCUAAUAUUCUUGUAGGGGAUAAUCUGGUGUGCAAAAUUGCUGAUUUUGGAUUAGCAAGAUUAAUAGAAGACAAUGAGUACACUGCUAGACAAGGGGCCAAAUUCCCAAUUAAAUGGACAGCACCUGAGGCUGCACUAUAUGGUCGGUUUACAAUUAAAUCUGAUGUCUGGUCAUUUGGAAUUUUGCUGACAGAGCUUGUAACAAAGGGACGUGUGCCAUACCCAGGAAUGGUCAAUCGGGAAGUUUUAGAACAAGUGGAACGUGGAUAUAGAAUGCCUUGUCCUCAGGGAUGCCCAGAAUCUCUUCAUGAAUUAAUGAAACUCUGUUGGAAGAAAGAUCCCGAUGAAAGGCCAACAUUUGAAUAUAUUCAGUCUUUCUUAGAAGAUUAUUUUACUGCUACGGAACCACAAUACCAGCCUGGAGACAAUUUAUAAAUUGAUGGCUUACAUCCCAUGCACAAAUAUGCCAAAUGUAGAGUACUUUUUUUUAAAAAAAAAUCCUUGCUAAUUGGAAGAACUCAAAAGAAAGCAAAUUGCAAUUUGCAUGCUCUUGUUAGCUGGCAAACUGGAAUUCUGAAAUAUGGUUGCACAAAACCACUUUUUAAAGUGUUAUACCUGUAUAUAAAUGUAUCAAUGACACAUUUUUCUCCCAUAUUAUAUCAGGGUCC